AUGGUUUUCAUCCUCGGAGUCAACUUCCCUGAGCGGAACCUCAAAUCCCUCGAGAGCUUCUUCGGAAUCGGCCCAAACGUCUCCGCCCGCCUCCUGGCUCGCUUCCACAUUCACCCACAAGCCAAAGUCAGCGAACUCGCCAACCCGCAGGUGCUCGACAUCACGGCCGCGCUGUCCGAAAUGAAAAUUGAGAAUGAUCUGCGGCGACAGGUACUCGACAAUAUCAAGCGGCUCAGGGAUACCGGUACUUAUCGGGGCCGGAGACAUGCGCUUGGGUUGCCUGUUCGAGGGCAGAAUACCCGUAACCAGAUCAAAACUGCUGUUAGAAAGAACCAGGUUGAGAGACGGUUGUGA